GAUAUAAAAGUUCUCUUCAUACAGGAAAAAGAGCUGAACAACAAUGCUGAGGUUUGCUGUCACCCUCUUUGCUGUCAUAAUGUCAUCCACCUGCCGAAAGUUUGGAUGUCUGGAAGGGAGCACCCACAAACUGAAGCCAAGUCCUGAGCCAAAUAUGCGUGAAUGCACUCUGUACUCUAAAUCUUCCUGUUGCUAUGCAGACUUCACAGUGCAAUUGGCUCGUUCCCCGGUAAUUAAAGUAAGCAACAGCUACUGGAACAGAUGUGGGCAGCUCAGUAAACCCUGUGAAGAUUUCAUGAAGAAAAUUGAGUGUUUUUACCGGUGUUCUCCAUAUGCUGCUCGCUGGAUCCAUCCCAGCUACACUGCUGCUAUUCGGUCUGUUCCACUGUGUCAAAACUUUUGUGAUGACUGGUAUGAAGCCUGCAAAGAUGAUUCCACAUGUGUUCGUAACUGGCUGACAGACUGGGAAUGGGAUCGAAGUGGAGAAAACCACUGUAACAAUAAAUGUAUUCCAUACAGUGAGAUGUACACAAAUGGGACUGACAUGUGCCAGAGUAUGUGGGGGAAGUCAUUCAAGGUGAGCAAGUCCUCUUGCCUCUGCUUGCAAAUGAACAAGAAGGACAUGGUGGCAAUCAAGUAUCUCCUCUCCAAGAGCUCAGAGGAAAGCUCCAGCAGCAGCAGCUCCAGCAGCAGCAGCAGCAGCAGCAGCAGCAGUGAGGAGCGUGCCUGCCAAAAGAAGCUCCUGAAGUUUGAGAAACUAAAGGGAGAGGAAAAGGAACAUACAAGAUAAAUGCUGGUGGAUGUAUGUCAGGACAAGAGAAAUCACCAUGGAGGCUGGGCUCAGGGCACUACGCCAGCCUGCUUUAUCCCUUAUUUCCUAGAACAUAAUAAAUCAAUGGCUGGUUA